AUGGACGCGCUCUCGGGCGACCCGGCCGCCGCGGCCGCCAAGGACGCACGGGAGCUCGCCGUCGUCGCCACCAAACUCACAGUGGCCAACGUCACGUCGACGGUGCUCGUCCUCGACGACCUCGUCUGUAACCUCGGGGAGUGCCUCCGCUCCUACAGGGACAUGAACGAGACCCUGGAGGGCGCGCUCGGUGACCUAGCUGCUGGGCGCCUCAAAGCGGCGUCCGACAAACUGCAGCAUGCCUCCUUCGCGCCCAGCGACUGCGACAUCCUCUUGUUCGAGGGGAGCGCGGAGAAGAACCCGAUGAGCGAGGAGAACAACGACGCCGUGUGGCUGUCCCGACUGGCGUAUGUGAUUGCUAGCUUGUAG